UUCCAGCUGCUGCUGUGAACGGUGUCGCGCGCCCGCCGCUGUCUGGUCUGGCCGUCGGUGAACGGUGUGUGAGCGCGAGCAGCCGACCGACGGACCGACCGACCGAGACCUACCGACCCCCCGUUAGUCUCCCCUCUACCGUCAGUCUCCGUAGCCUGCGGAAGCCAGGCAAGCCCUUCGUAACCAGCUCGAGCCUUCACCGGGCUGCAUCAUGACGGGCAUCGCGGCAGCCUCCUUCUUCUCCAACGCCUGCCGCUUCGGGGGCUGCGGACUGCACUUCGAGUCGCUCGUGGAGCUCAUCGCGCACAUCGAGGACAACCACAUCGAUACGGAUCCUCGAGUUCUGGAGAAACAGGAGCUGCAGCAGCCGACAUACGUGGCCCUGAGUUACAUCAACAGGUUCAUGACGGACGCGGCGCGUCGUGAGCAGGAGUGUGUGAAGAAGCGUCUGCAGCCGAAGCUCUCUCUGUCUCUCUCCGCCUCCAUCGCCCGUGGCAACCACGGAAACCUGGCCACGCCCCCCAGACACUCCAGCGGCAACCUGACUCCGCCCGUGACUCCGCCCAUCACGCCCUCAUCCAGCUUUAGGAGCUCCACACCUACAGGUAGUGAGUAUGACGAGGAGGAGGGUGACUUCGAGGAGAGUGACAGUGACGAGAGCUGGACCACUGAGUCGGCCAUCAGCAGUGAGAGCAUCCUGAGCUCCAUGUGCAUGAACGGAGGAGAAGAGAAGCCCUUCGCCUGCCCCGUACCAGGAUGCAAGAAAAGAUACAAGAAUGUAAAUGGUAUUAAGUACCACGCUAAGAACGGCCACCGGACUCAGAUCCGCGUGCGUAAGCCGUUUAAGUGUCGCUGUGGGAAGAGCUACAAGUCCUCUCAGGGUCUCCGGCACCACACCAUCAACUUCCACCCCCCCGUCACCGCCGACAUCCUGAGGAAGAUCACCCAGUAAUAACAACCCAGUAAGGGGUUAAGACGACCCACGAUCACCCAGUAAUAACAACCCAGUAAAGGGUUAAGACGACCCAAGAUAACCCAGUAAUAACAACCCAGUAAGGGGUUAAGAUGACCCAAGAUGACCCAGUAAUAACCCAGUAAGAGGUUAAGAUGGCCCAAGAUGACCCAGUAAUGGGUCACGCAUCGUAACCCACCCCCCCACCUACUAGAGGACCCAGUCAAGACAUCACACCAUCUGAGGCCCCUGAUACUGCCAACAUCCCCCAAACAAUUGAC